AUUACAUGACUUUAGAUGAGUCGGCUUCUUUUAAAUUUAGUUAUUCCGUGACGGUGGAAAAGCAAACAUUGGUUAGAAACUUUGGCAAAUGGUUUAGCGUACUUUGACUAGUCCACUAGUACAAUCUCAAUGCCAUCACUUUUACGAAAGCGAUGAGUUAAAUCGAGUCCUAAACACGGAAGCUGACAUCGAUAAUCUUAGUUAAAGCAAUCUUAGAAGAAUUCUUGAAACAACGGCGGACAAACUACUUUAAAAUGGAAACGUCAUCAAAAAUUGAAGACGAAAUGCUAAAUAUGUUACAAUGGACAGAAGAUUCACAUUCCUUAAAAGAUUUUGUUGAUGUUUUUUCACUUCCACAAGUCGUAAAAGUUAUCCGUGGUUAUGAUGGCGGUGAACACAGCGCUACCAUUGGUUAUGGAGAAGUUCUCACUCUUCACGGUAUCAGAGAGUCAAGGAUAUUCCAUGCUGAAGACAUUAGCGGAAACCAUUACGCUUUGAAAUGCAAUUUCUCUGGUGAAUUUCACAUAGUACCUAAUUUAAAGAAAAAUGGUUGUCAAUCUUUAAAUGUAUUCGAGAUCAACAAUUUCUUUCCUAAGUCGGUUUUGUUUCUCGAAUCGCUUGAUGCAAACUACGGUUUACAAGAGGACGUUGAUCACACAGAGAUUGGCGAAAUGUACAAAAUUUUAAAGGUGGAAAAUGGCCAGAAUCCAGAGAAAGUUUUAAUAAAGGUGUUAAACAUGGAGACAAAUCGUGAAUGUACUUUGACAUCAUCGUGUACGACGUCUUUCCUACCACUCACCGACUGUAAGAAACAUACUUGUUUGGAAUUGAGAAGUCAAACGUUCGAGUUUCCUACUGGAAUUAAUUUUAUUGUAGAAGAUGGGAGAAUCCCUGAAAUAGAAAGUGCAUUGAAACCAAGUCGAUAUCUUAGCCUUAUUGAAGAGACAGAUUUCAUCACCGUUAUAGCGACGACUGUAAGCAGUGACGAGUCUUUCAAAUUUUGUUUUGAAAUACCAAAGGACUUAGACAUUAAGUUUGUCAUUGCUGAUGGCUUUGAUAAUGGCUCCAAGCAUUACACAGACAUUGUAAAUACACUAAAUGAUCGUUUUGAUGUUUUGAAAUUUAUGAAUACCUGCGAACCAUUGCUUAUCAGACGUCAGGAUCAAAUCCAUGAAUUCAAUUACGAUGCAAUCAAGGAAUACAUCAUCGAUAAAUCGAUAUUAUCACCAAAGCUUGAAGAUAAAGAGGUACUUGACGAGGUUAAUGCACCAGCGUUACCUCCAAGAAAACAGAAAGCACCAUUCAGACGAGCGACCAAAAGUUUUGACUUACCACCAACGACUUAUACUGACUACGCUAAGAAGCCAGUACUUGGCCGAACUAAAUCAGCUCAAAGCAAGUCCGUAGCAGGAGUUCAAAUCGAUAGCAAUUUACAUCAAAACAUAUCAAAAGAAAUACUCGAACGUAGUAUUAAUAUAAACCACGAACAUGUAAAUAAUAUAAAGGGGAAAACAAACUCCAAAGAAUCAGUGGAUAUCCCUCUAAAACCAACACGAGAUCCUAUUGAUCCAAAACACACCACCAAAAGAAACCCGCCCUCUGACGUAUCUACAGUUUCCCACGAAAGAUCCUUGGUUGAAGAAGUAGUCUCGAAGAAUAUUCAUCAUAAACCAUUAGUUGUACCUCAAAGUUCCCCCAAAUCAACCCAAAGAUUUGGUUCAGCUAUAAGUAGCAAAAUGGCAGUCACAUUACCCAAAACUACCCCGAAUGAUGGUGUGAAGCCUCUUCGUCGUUAUUCUCAAAGUGAACCCAAAGUUCUUCUUCAUCCAUCUGAAGUAGAUAAUGGUGAUGUAGCAGUGGACGAAAAAAAAAGCGACACCAUUGCCAGUCGUCGAGAAUUUUUCAAGAAUUUAGAGAAUGCCGUAAAAAAUCGCCAUUCCAGUAAUCCUACUCAUUUUGCGAAAAAAAAUCUUACAAACCUCGCAAAAGGAACUAAACCCUCUAAUAUCCCUCCAAUAACUCCUACUGUGUACCCUACACCAUCACCUAUGGUGAGCAAGGAUGAUAAAAACUCAGCAAAAGAACCAGAACUUAUUCAUCAAAACCGCUCUAACAUUCCUCCAUCAACUAUUGUAUACCCUACACUCUCUCCUACGGUUAACAAAGGUAGUAGAAACCCAGCAAAAGAAGACGAAGUUGUCUAUCAAAACUCCUCUAAAAAUCCUCUAUCAACUACUGUGUACCCUACACUCUCUCCUACGGUUAACAAAGGUGGUAGGAAUCAUGAAAAAGAUGACAAAGUUAUCUAUGAAAACUCAUCUAACAUCCCUCUAUCAACUAUUGUAUACCCUACACCAUCUCUUGUGGUUAACAAAGAUGGUAAAAAUCCAGCAAAAGAAGACGAAGUUGUCUAUCAAAACCCCUCUAACAUUCCUCCAUCAACUAUUGUAUAUUCUACACUCUCUCCUAGGUUUAACAAAGAUGGUAAAAAUCCAGCAAAAAAGGACGAAGUUAUCUAUGAAAACUUAUCUAACAUCCCUCUAUCAAGUAUUGUAUACCCUACACUCUCUCCUAUAGUUAACAAAGAUGGUAGAAAUCAGGCAAAAGAAGACAAAGCCAUCAAUGAAAGCUCCUCCAAUAUUCCUCCAUCGACUAUUGUGUACCAAACAUCUUCUCCUAUUGUUAAGAAUGGUUAUAAAAAUCCCGAUAGAGAAGCCAAAGUUAUCUGUAAACCCCCAACAAAUAACCAUCCAUCUACAGCUGUGUACGCCUUUCCAUCAUCUGUUGUUGACUUUCAACAUAAUCCUGAUACUGAUUCUUCCAUGGAAAAGGUGAAACAAUCCUCCAAAAACAUGGAAGAAAAUACAUUAAUCAGCAAAACCAUAGCCAAAGGUGAUGUUGACGAUGCCCCUGAACUUCCUGAGAAAUCCCUAGCAUUAAAGAUGAGAACUUCUUAUCAUGGAAAUGAGGCUUCAUCUGAGUCCAUUUAUCAGGUACCAAGUCCUUUGCUUACGCGAAAAUCGAAUCUUCCUCGAUCAGGGCACACUUCUUCAAGUAUAAUUGGUCCAAAAGCUCUUAUUAAGUCAGACGAGAAUCCACCUAUCGUCCCCAUUGUACCACUCGUUACUCCCAAUCGUCCCUUCGCUAAUCAUCCUUACAAAUUAAUUUGUAACGUUCCACUGGACUUGUCAGGUCUCAGCGUCGUUGACGUAGCAGAUAUUUUACGAAAUUUGAAUAUGGGACAAUAUGCCCAUAUUUUUGAAGAGGAACUAAUCGAUGGAAGACUGCUAACGAAACUCACCGAUUCUGAUUUGGAGUCAUUUAAUAUGACCACAAUACAUCGUACAAAACUGAUGAACUUUAUCAAAGGUUGGAGGCCCCAACUAACAACUUUAGUUAGCUCAUCAAAUCAUUGAUGACUGCCGUUUUCCUUAAUGUGUUUAGUGUAUCUGUUGAUGGAGUAUUAACUGAAACUAAGGAAGCGGUCAUUGAAAAAUAGGGGCGAAACCAAUUAGAAAACCUCAAGUUUGAUGGUAAUUGUUAAUCCAAUAUAUAAAAGCUAAAGCGAUUUUCUCGUUGAGCAAUCAAAACUAAAAGCCUACUUUUUCUUUGACAUAACCACACUAGCUUUAAAUGAAGAAGUGCAAUUGGGUAAAUGAGUUAAAAACACUCGUUAAAAAAGAUCAGUUAAAUGGAAUAUCAUUAGACUUAUCCGCACAAGGAGAACUAUUUGUAAGUUUGCACAUACUUUAUGUAAUAUCAUUAAAUUCUCCCUGUUCUGUUCGGUCCCAUUCCAUUUAUCAACGUUGACGGAUCCCCGAAAGGGAUAUCCAAAUGAAUAACCAAAUGAAUAACCAAAAACUUAUAGACUUUGUAAUGGCUUAUUUACGAUUCAUAUAGCUCAUAUUACAUUUGUUACGGUUGAGAUUACUGAUUUUUAGUCAUUUUGUUAGCAUGUAAUAGUCAUUUGGUCAUAGUUUCCUCAAGGGUGUGGUUCUAGGUGUUUUGUUGUCUUAGCAAUUCUGCUUUCGCCCCGGUGUGUUAUUUUCUUGCCCAGUCUCCAUAUACGUUUAUCGGCCACAUUUUGGCGCGAAGCACUGGCGCAUAGUCAAUUCAUUUCAUUUUCAUCUUCAAAUGCAAGAACGAAGAAAAGCGGACUGAAAAUUGUACUUUCUUGCCGAUAAAUCAAAGCUAGAUACGUAAAUUUUUGUGCUUUAUAUCGUUAAGAUGUAAGUAAUUCAUGUAAAAUGAUUUAAAAAUACACUUAGUGAGGAGAAA